AGGGGGCCGUCUGUUAGAGUAAACCGGAACUGCCUCGCUCGCUAUGAAAAUAUAAAUACAAUUCCAAAAUGCACUAACCAAGCGCAGUGUUUACGCACUUAAAACAUGUAGCCAUUUAUCUUUCGUCACAUAUUUAAUUCGAAUUGAUAUUCAAGAAGAUAACCAGUUGCUAAGACCACGAUGUUGCGUAUAAGAAGCUCGCUGGAGACCCUGAAGCAGGGUCUGAAGGUGGAUCUCCUCCGGGAAACUGGCCGCCAGUAUCCGCUCUUCUGCUUCCUUCUGGCAUUCCUGCUCUUAUCAACUGUUGUUUUGCACGGGUACCUCUACAUCCUGAUGGUUUUCUGGUCCUUCCUGGCUGGUGUGGUCACCUUUUACUGCUCCAUCGGUCCAGAGUCCCUACUGCCCAACAUGCUGUUCACCAUUAAGCCGAGAGCCAAGGAGGAACAACCAGAACUGUUUCCUCUGGGUCAGAGCUGUGCAGUCUGUGGGAAGACAAAGUGCACACGGCACAGGCUGACGUUGCAGCUGGAGAACUUUCAGCCAUGGCUGGACUUGAAGGUAUAUUCCAAGGUGGACACGUCUAUCGCAGAGGUUCUGGAGUUGGUCCUUGAGAAUUUCGUGUAUCCCUGGUACAGGGACGUCACGGACGACGAGACCUUUGUGGACGAGCUGAGAGUGUCGUUGCGUUUUUUUGCAGCCGUCUUGGUCCGGCGAGCACAGAAGGUUGAUGUUCCGUCUCUUAUAACAGGCAAAGUCCUCAGAGCGGCUAUGAAGCACAUCGAAAUAGUCGCUAAAGCUCGGCAAAAAGUGAGAAACUCAGAACACCUGCAGCUGGCGGCCCUGGAUGAGUAUGGAUCCGACCUCCACGUGGCGCUGCGGAGCCGCAGAGACGAGCUGCUAUACCUCAGGAAGCUGACGGAGAUGCUCUUCCCCUACAUACUGCCCCCGAAGGCUUCUGACUGCAGGUCCCUCGCCUUGCUGAUUCGGGAGAUUCUGGCCGGCUCCGUCUUACUCCCGGCCAUGGACUUUCUUGCUGACCCUGACACCGUGAAUCACUUGGUACUCAUCUUCAUCGAUGAUUCUCCGCCCGAGCCGGCCAACGGCCCCACAUCUGCUUUAGUGCCGUUCCUGCAGAAGUAUUCUGAGUCACGCAACAGAAAGUCAUCUGUGCUAAAGUUGGAGCUGAAGGAGAUCCGUGGACAGCAGGACCUCCUGUUCCGCUUCAUGAAUUUCCUAAAACAGGAAGGUGCGGUGCAUGUGCUGCAGUUUUGCUUGGCUGUAGAGGAAUUCAACGACAAAAUCUUGUGCCCAGAGCUGAGCAAUAUUCAGAUGCAGGCCCUGCACGAGGAGGUGAAGCAGCUCUACGAUACCUACUGUCUGGACGAGAGCAUCGACAAGAUCCGCUUCGACCCCGUCAUUGUGGAAGAAAUACGGAAGAUCGCUCAGGGAUCCUACAGUGACGUGGUGAAGCUGCAGACCUCGCCCUGCCUGUUCGAGGCCUACGAGCACGUUUUCUCACUACUGGAGAAUGUCUUCACCCCUAUGUUCUGCCACAGCGAUGAGUACUUCACGCAUCUACUGAAGGGGGCCGAAUCUCCGGUCAGGAGCUCCCGACAUAUCAGAAAUAGCCUGAAUUUGGAUGACAUCAGGAAUCCGCUGAGGCGCGGGGAAUCUUCCGGAAUCAGCCGCAUAGGCAGCAAGAUCAAAGGUGUUUUCAGAAACAGCACCAUGGAGGGGGCUAUGCUGCCGCUGUACGGCCCCCCCGAGGGCGAGGACGACACGGUGGAGGAGGCCACGGUGGUGCUGGAGGACGACCCCCCAGCGGAGGCAGCCGGAAGCGGCAGCACCCACCGCAACCUGUCUGCUUGGAGCAUCAGCAUCCCGUACGUGGACUUCUACGAGGACGACCUGAAGCGGGAGAAGACCCCCGUGUUCUGCAUCGACGUGCAGCGUAACGACAGGAAGGAGGUCGGACAUGCGACUGAGAGCUGGUCCAUCUUCAGGCGAUACCUCGAAUUCUACGUCCUUGAGUCGAAACUUACCGAGUUUCACGGCUCAUUUCCGGAUGCCCAGCUACCAUCCAAACGGAUAUUAGGGCCAAAGAAUUUUGAGUUCUUGUCGUCCAAGAGGGAGGAGUUUGAAGAAUAUCUGCAGAAACUGCUACUGCACCCGGAGCUCAGCAACAGCCAGCUUCUGGCUGACUUCCUGUCUCCAAACAGCUUGGAGUCACAGUUCCUGGAAAAGAUGCUCCCAGACGUGAACUUGGGGAAAAUUAUCAAGUCAGUUCCUGGGAAAUUAAUUAAAGAGAAAGGACAAAACCUGGAGCCUUUCUUGCAGUCUUUCUUCAACUCGUGUGAGGCCUCCAAACCGAAACCCAGCCGGCCUGAGCUCACUAUCCUGAGCCCCACCUCCGAGAACAACAAGAAGCUCUUCAAUGACCUUUACGAAAACAACGCCAACCGCGCCGAAGCCACCGAGAGGCGCCACAAUCAGAAUUGCUUCAUGGAGAUGGUCACUGUGGAGGGAGUGUAUGACUACCUGAUGUAUAUCGGCCGCGUUGUGUUCCGCAUCCCCGAUUGGAUGCACCACAUGCUGUCUGGUGGCCGCAUCCUGCUGAAAAACACAUUGGAAGCAUGGGCUGACCACUAUCUGCAGGACAAGCUGGAGCAGGUGCUGCAGGAGCAUCGCGUGGUCUCCCUCAUCACGCUGCUACGCGACGCGGUAUUCUGUGAGGACACUGAACCACGUUCAUUUGAUGACAAGCAGAAGAGAGCCAAGAAGACCUUUGAAGAGAUGAUGGGCUACAUCCCAGAGCUGCUGGGAAAGUGCAUCGGCGAGGAGGCCAAAUACGAAGGAGUCCGUCUCCUCUUUGAUGGGCUGCAGCAGCCGGUCCUCAACAAGCAGAUGACCUACGUCCUGCUGGACAUUGCUGUUCAAGAGCUUUUCCCAGAACUAAGCAAGCUGCAGAAGGAUGCAUCGCCAUGGAAGUAGACGGCUUUUCAUGUUUGUCUCACCAUGAGCCAAAGAAUGUGCAAUACAGAGACACUGUAAAUCCCCCUGUCUGGCGCAGAUUCAUUCCUUCACCCCAACUUCCAGUCACUUGCAGAAUGUAGAGUCGCAGGGGUCCUGGAAACGUUUCAGGGAGCGCAGGGCCGUGGAACUUCCUGGAUGGGAAGCUAGUCCAUUGGAGGGACCGAUAUUCAGUAGGAUUUUUGUUAAGAAUGUAUGUCAGAUCUUCAGUGAAUACCGACAUUCCAGUGUAUAAUGUUGCACUAAUAAAGGUUAUUUUAUUACAAA